CGUUGAAAUUCAAUCUAAGUUCUGAUAAAACGAAAUGAUAAUGCAGCUACAAUAUUUGGGUUGCCCAAAUUAUGUAUGUAUUUUAUAACCAGGUAUAAGUAUUGCUAGUCAUGACAAAAAAAUUUACAAAGAAUAUUCUGGUUCUUUUUUUUUUUUUAUAUUGAUUGGUCCAAAAUAAACCAAAUAGUUUUUACUCGUAGAAAAAAUGAUUUAACCAAUGAAAGUCAAUACCUAGAAGCUUAUGCAAAUUAAAUAUACAAAGUAAAGUUUGUUGCCUAUACAAAACGCCUUAAAAACAAACCUUGUGCAAUCCCCAGUGCCGUUUCACAACGUUCAUAGGUUAUAUUUGUGGCCAGCGAAUGUUUGAAAAUAAUUACAAAUGGCGAUUUUUUACUAAGAUUGUUGUUGCAAUUUUGAUAUUAAUUCACAUAAUAUACUUAUUCCUACAAUUGUAAUGGUAAUUUUAUCGAUAGAACGGCAUGGAAAUGUAUAUAUAUAUUAUGCUUAAAAGCAUAUCAUAGAACUUAUGUAGACUUGCGUUAGAGUAAUGUAAAUGUGUUAUCGGAUUAAAGAAAACAGCUGUGUAUAUAAAUCAACAUUAAAAUUCAGGUAUACAAUAUGUUCUAUUUCUGUCGUUAUAAAAGCCCCCAUCCAAAUGUCGCAAGAAAAUUAAUUUCAAUAAGUUUUAAACGCUGAUUGAAUAUUUCCCUUGUAAAGUCUAUCGUUUUGAUCAUUUGUUUUAAGUAAAGUAACAUAUUAGAUACAUCCAAGACCUAACUAUUUUUGCAGAUAAAAAUGAAACUUUUAUGUAUUUUAAUAUCAUUUGCCUCGGUCAACGUUUUAGUAGCUUUAGAUGCCUAUGUAAAGCAGGUCAUCUUGACAAACAUACAGAUGAUUGAUACAAAAGAAAAAUUGCCAACAGUAAUUCAAAACAUGAUUCUCCUUGGAGAAUUUACAAUGGUGGAAUUGGCUCUAAUGUUGGCAGUACCGGAAGCCAACGACAAAGACAUAGCAGAUUACAUUGAGCAACAGAAGAUAGACUACCAACUAAUUGCGCAAGAGAUAAUAUGGUUUACAACAUCAAUCCGUGCUGUGAAGGUAAACGAAGGUAAUAUAAGAAAAGCUGAUCUAAAUAAUUUGGGAAUUAGAAGAAGAUCCAUAACUUUGGAAGGUGUAAACAAAUUAAUCCGUGCUGUCUUGAGCGGAGAAAAUGAAUAUUUCAAAAAUUUUGCCGAAGUGUGUCGUUUAAUGGGAAUAUUCAGAAGUAUUAAAUACCCACAAACAUAUAUCAAACAUGCGGAAGUCCAUCAAAUUGGAGUUUGUUUACUAACAGAUAUAAAAGACAAUGGUAUCAAAUACUCUAUAUUUGAAGACGACGUUUGGGAAUUCAACGAUAACGAUACUGCAAAAGAGUUACUUUCCACUCAAGUACAAUCAUUUUUAUUUGGGACAACCAUUUUUUGAGUAUUACUGUUAUUCUUAUAUUUAUUUGCAUACACCUUCUAUAAUAACAAUGUU